AUGUCCGCCCCCUCCCAACCCACGACAUCCCAAGCCUACACCACGCCCGGCAACCCCAUAGAAAAAACACCGCAAGAACAAUCCCAAGCUUCCUUCAACGCAUCCGACAACGCGGCGUUCACCGAUCAACGCAUCCCCACCAAACAAGCAACCCACGAGCAAGGCCUCCAAAACGCAAAGUUCGAAGAGGGAAAAGGCGUCCACGGCGCACCGGCCGGCGAAGAAAGCAAAGGGCUAAGCGAGGAAGAUGUAGGACGCCACAAGGAGUUGGAUGGGCAGCAGAUGGCUAUGCCCGGGGAAGGAAGAGUAGCGGAUGCAGUGGCGAGGAAAGGUGUGGGAUUGGGAGGAGGAGGUGCCCAGCCGGGAUUGGAAAGUGAUUUGGAUAGGAAGAAAGCAGAACAGGCAGAGGCGAGAGAAGCGAUUAAAGCCGAGAAAGCGCAGGCUGGGGCUCAGGGUGGUGCGUUGGGACAGACGGGGGGACCGGCGAAUCCGGUGGAUAAUGCUACGCAGGGAGGAGGUAAUUAUCCUAAUUCUAGCUAUUAG